ACAACUAUCGAUACUACAACAAGGUAUCUAUGCUACGGUAUCCAGGUCAAACAAAUGUACCGCACCAAUCCACUCGCUUUCUCCAGAGAAGAUUUCUCCACCUUCUUCUGGCGCUGUCUGGCUGCAAUGGGGCCGAGAAGCAUGCGAGCGCAAUCCAAAGACUCGACGAGGUUGUCUCGUUCACGACUUCUAACAUCCGCAACUAUUGCUGCAGCGCGCACUGGAAGGUGAAUAAGCAUGGUAGGACUGGGAAGAGUGUCGUCAACAGAAGUUGUGGAGGGCGUAUCCGUUGCCGGGGUUUCAUGACGAGUACUCCGACAGCGAUGUGUCUAUAGUGAGAUCUGAUGAUGAUGAAGCCGCG